AAUCUCCUCAACAAUCCACAGGCGCUGUUUGCUUACUUCCUUUCUGUUGGCUCGCCUCCUUCUCCUCUCCUCUCUUCGCCAUCUCCAACUAUUAAUUGCUUCUCCUUCUCCUCCAAGAAAACCCUACAAAAUUCACACGCAAAUGGUUUCCCCUAAUCCCUAACUCUUCUGACCUAAGUUUAAGUUAUUCGAGCUUCUUUCCAAGUGUGCUUCGCCUCCUCCGCAGAAUGAAUUUCAUAAGUUCCUUCCCCUUCCCCUUUAUUCCUCUUUUAAUCAGAGCCGUUCUUCCCCUCUAUUCGUGUUGAUUUUUUACUGUCCUUUUCGGAUUCUAGCUAUCUAGCUAAGCUAUUUAUUGUAUGGGGCCAUGUUUGUUGUUAGCUGUUGCAAUUUGGGGAAAGUCUUGCGGAGUGAUUUCGAAGCUCUUUGACUAAUUUUCAUGGCUUCCGAUUUAGGCCUUUAGAUUCUUCUUUAGCUCGGAGCUUUUAGAUUGGGGACCAAGUUAACUUUCAGGAUUAGGUUCUGUAUUUCUCCCAAUAAUAAUGUGCACUAACAAACAAGGCUGCAAAGUCUUCUCUCCCUCAAUGGAUCAAACGAAUCAGAGCUCGAAAUAUGAAGAUUUGAAUCUAUGGGAUAGUGGUGAAGAUCAGGCCGUGAGAGAUUCGUGCCCCUCCGAUUGCGAGAGUGGGAUUUCGGGGCCUGAAAAUGAUCGGCAGUCUCGAAUAUCUGAUAGUAGUUUGAUUAGAAUUUGCGAGGGGGAUACGGUAUAUGAGACUAUUGAGGAAAAAUUGGGGUCGGGUUUGAGUUCAUGUGGUGUUAAGGAUGUUCGAGUUGAGAGUGUUCAUAGGGUCGAUUAUUCGGCGAUCAUAAACCGUGCCAAGCUCCAUUGCUUUUGUAUAUAUUCUAGAGCUCUGAAAAUGAGCCGGGGCGAUGCUAAUGUCAAGUUUGCUUGGUAUGGUGGCUCCAAGAAUGAGAUUUGUCGAAUUCUUGCCCAUGGUUUUGGCCUUCCGGAUAAUGCUCAGACACAAGAUCGUGGCGUUUGUCUUUCUCCAGUUGAUUGCCCUGUUGAGAGUUUUCAUUUGUCGGCUGGCGAUGAUGAUAGCGGUGUAAGUCAUAUGUUGCUUUGUCGAGUCAUAAUGGGAAAAAUGGAGGCUGUUUGUGUCAGCUCCGGACAGUGUUGUCCGAGUUCUGGAGAAUUCGACUCUGGCGUUGACGACUUAGUGUCUCCUCGGAAGUAUAUUGUCUGGUGCACGAAUAUGAACACUCAUAUCUUGCCGGAGUUUUUGGUCAGCUUCCAAGCAUCGUAUUUCCUUACAGAUCCAAGGGGCCCGCAGCCUCGAAGAUCACCAAAGUCGGAUUGGAUGCCGUUUACAGCUCUGAUCACCGAACUUUCCAAGUACUUACCUCUCGACGCUGUCAGGAUGAUCGCCAAACAUCACUAUGAUUACAAAAAAAGGAAGAUUACGAGGCACGACAUGAUACAAAAGGUGAGACGCUUAGCCGGAGACGAGCUGCUGAUGGAAGCCAUUAAACUUUACGGCGGGAAGAUUAAAGCAUCAAGGAGCAAUGCCUAAAGCAGAUCAUAGCAAAUAAAUUGAGUUUACAAAGAGAGGCCUUGAUAACUAGACUGAUCUCAGCUGACAUUUUUCUUUGAGGAUUAUCUUUCAGGUAUGUUUGCUUCUGCUUUUGCAGUCAUCCUUGUGGAUCAGAUAUAUAUAUGUAUAUGUCUAUGUAUAUCUAUAAUCUAAUCGAUUUUCCUGCGAGUUUGUGGAUUA